GUGUACGCAAAGCGCCAUUUAAAUGUUUUCAAACUCGUGAGUGAAAUCACUUAGUUUUGAGUGUGGAGUCAGUGAAGGAGUUAAACUUUCGCGAAAUAUCGACUGGCUUUGUGUUAUUUCAGUUAACCUUCAGUAAGCAUCAUGGGAUCCAGUGAGAGUAAGAUGCCUGUAUCUGCACCAAUGAAACCAGAACCAGCUGUCAGGAAAAGUCACGCCAGCCACCUGAUCGAUCCACGCUCUCCUUCAACUAACGUCGACCGUACACCUAUUCAGGUCAUUGGGCCGGUGGCUAAAUCUUCUGCUGUGGGGAAAAGUGAGUGUCCCCUGGCAUUCACUGAUCCCCGCUCACCGACUAUUGGCAUUGUCCGCACCCCUGUCAGAGAAGUCAUGAGAGCAAAAGUUGGGUCCUUUGCUCGCCGCCUGGGCAUGCUUUUCCACAACGAAUCUGAAGGCAAAUUCACUGAAGCGCCUCAGAAAUGCUUCAGUGAUGCUGUGGAGGAGGAGGUAGUCUACAAGGAUGAGGAGCUGGCUUCCACUGAGCCCCUCCUGACUCCUCAACCUUCUCAAACCUACAGCUCCUUGGCUGAACAUGCUAACCUACUCGCCACUCCUGUGCUUGGGCUGCCACAGAGUGUGUGUACUUCAAGCCCCUUUGUGGUUCUUGAGGUGCAGGUAGAAACAGUAGAUGUUAGUUUGGAGGAGGCAGAAGAAGCAAGAGAGUCUCCUCUUCACAAGAGACUAAGCAUGAGCCUGAUAACUUGCCAUGAGGGAGCGCCUUCAUCACAGGUCUUGGCUGAGGUGCAUCAUGACAGCACUUCUUCUGCAGUACCUGACGUGGCAGUGGAACUACUCGGGGAUGGUGUGGAUCAUUCUUAUGGCGUUCCUUCAAUCACAGUUGAACCCGAGUCCCAAGCUGAGCCUUCACCAACCUCUGUAGUAGGUGAUUCUCCUGUUCAGGUGCCCUCUGUACAGCCAGAGGAAGCAGAAAUACCACCAUCCUCUGAGGAAACAAAAGAGCUUGCCGAAGGAAACUCUUUGCCCCCUGCAGCUGUUUCUUCAGAGCCGCCAACCAACAACAACCUAGAGCAGCCACAGCUCUGCAGUGGCAUCCGCUGCCCCACCUUUGACUCAAAGAGUCCCAGUCAGGUGGUGUUUAAGCCGCAGUGGUUGGGAAAAGGCUUUGGUGGCACUGGACUGAGAGCCAGAGGAGUGCAGGGGCAGAAUGCCAAGAGAGGCUCCUCCCCCCUCGCCGUCCGUUUGGCCGUUAAGAAUACAACCAACGAAAAUAAGGGACACUAUGGGAAAGUCAAGCAGAAAGGUUCAGAGGGCCGCUCACCUCUGCAGAUCCUUAAGGAGACCAACUCCCCCAGGGACCAACGUUCUCAGAUGAAGCUGAAGGUGUCCACUCCAGACCGACAGAGGCCUGGACUGAUGGACCGCAGAGUGCUGGCAGUUGCUGUGGAUAAAGAGAACAGAUGAUGCACUGCAGCACUGUGUACAUUCCUGCCACUUGUUCAUCUCUUAAAACAUGCUUUUAUGUGUACAGUUCUCUUAAGCAGAUUUUUCUUGUGUUUUUUGCCAUUUGUGAAUAUUUCUUUGGACCGUAAAUAUAAAUAAAAUUAUUAUUUUAGCUUUAAAUCUGUUUAUCAGUUAUCAAGUACUUCCUGUCGUCCUACUGUGCUUCUUGUGUUUUUUGAAAUUUUUUGUUACAUUUUAAAUAAAACGGCGUUAAAAAUA